AUGUCGCUAUUCACCGUCAGCAGCGGUCUUCGCGCCGCCCUCCGACCCUCGGUGGCCAGCACUUCCCGUUCUGCUGCCGCCUUUUCUACAACCGCCGCCGCGCGUUUGGCCACGCCCACCAGUGAUGCCAACGUGGGCAGCUCGGGCAAGCCUCAGCACCUGAAGCAGUUCAAGAUCUACCGCUGGAACCCGGACAAGCCGUCGGAAAAGCCGCGCCUGCAGUCGUACACACUCGACCUCAACCAGACCGGACCCAUGAUUCUCGACGCACUCAUCAAGAUCAAGAACGAGAUCGACCCUUCGCUCACCUUCCGCCGCUCGUGCCGUGAAGGUAUCUGCGGGUCGUGUGCGAUGAACAUUGACGGUGUCAACACGCUUGCGUGCCUGUGCCGUAUCGACAAGAAGAACGACACCAAGAUCUACCCCUUGCCACACAUGUACAUUGUCAAGGACCUCGUACCGGACCUGACGCAGUUCUACAAGCAGUACCGCUCCAUCGAGCCCUACCUCAAGUCGAACAACACCCCCGCCGAGGGUGAGCACCUGCAGUCGCCCGAGGAGCGCCGUCGUCUGGACGGUCUGUACGAGUGCAUCCUGUGUGCCUGCUGCUCAACAUCAUGCCCCUCGUACUGGUGGAACCAGGACGAGUACCUGGGCCCCGCUGUGCUCAUGCAGGCCUACCGAUGGAUGGCCGACUCGCGUGACGACUUUGGCGAGGAGCGCAGACAGAAGCUCGAGAACUCGUUCUCUCUCUACCGAUGCCACACCAUCAUGAACUGCUCCAGGACCUGCCCCAAGAACCUCAACCCCGGUAAGGCCAUCUCGCAGAUCAAGAAGGACAUGGCCGUCGGUGCCCCCAAGGCCGCCGACCGUCCCAUCAUGGCCUCGUCGUAA